CACGUCUCCAACGCGCCUUUCCUCCGCGAACGAUGAACCAGGCUUCCGCCCAACGACGCAUUACAGACGGCGUUGCUGGCCAUUUCCACACGUGGAGACGCGUGGUCAGCACGUUCCAGCACUAGUUCCAGUCCUCAUCAGCAAUGGCCGCCGCCAGUCCAUCGGGAUCGACGACAUUCUUCACUCCGACGACGCUAUGCUUCACGAUCGCGUGUACUGUAUUUUCUAUUGUGGCGAUCUCGACAGUCAUACGGCAGAAUAGGACGUCUGCGGAGGGUCGGAAUGAGAACGUGAAAGACGCGACGCCGCAAAGGCCGAAGAGCCGGAGGAGAAGAGCUGUGGAUAGUUUGUAUGUUGUGAAUGAGCGGUCAACGGCUGGCGAUGGGGAUAGGUACGGGAGACUUGCGGCUCUUGUGUCGCUGACUGGGAGUGUGAGUCAAGAGGCUGCGGCAUUGGGUGCUGCUGAGCUUUUGGGCGAGUUAUCGCUCCUCAUAAGCGUGUUGUGUCGAUUGCAACAAGACGUUUUGGCAAGACUGGAUAGAAUCACGGAUACCGCUGGACUGGCAGCUUGCUUUGACGCUGCGACAAGCUCCAUUGAGACCAGCCUAGUCUCUGCUAGCACUGCCAUGCGAGAGGGUACAUGUUCCGACUCAGAUGCACAGCAGACAUCGCAGCAGCUGAAGGCGCAGCGAGGUGUAUUGGAGUUCUUGGUGAAGCAAUCAGAGACAGUACCACCCACACCACCGCCAGAGAAUAAUCUAGAGGAGCAUCUCCAAUCUGGCUGCAGUACACCCAGCCUAUUGCCCUCGCCUGCUUUUGACGAGCACACUGGCAUUACUCCCGCCGUGGACUACAAUUGCUUCGUUGACCCUCCGCCACAGUAUAGUCCACCACGUGGAACUAGCUCGAUCGUCGCAGAUCAGAAGGCCGAUAUCAAGGAAGAGAGUCAAUCUCCAGCUCAUACUGCCGAACCUUUCAACGCAGACGCCUUAUUCAAUGCUGUCAAUACGAACGACUUCGAAACAUUAUUUGAGCUGCUCUCCUUAGGCGCAGAUCCUUCAGCCACUUUCGGAGACCUACGAAGAACACCACUACACAUCGCAGCGCAUCUGAACCAUGUUCAAAGCUUAGCAGUUCUGCUCAAGAAUGGGGCCGAGCUGAGCACCGAGGAUGCCAAAGGCGACACGGCAUUGCAUCUGGCAGCGUGGGCGGGCAAUGUCGAGGCCCUUUCUUUGCUCCUCACUCAUAGCGACGAAGUCGACUUCCUGUCCGGCCGCGAUGGGUACAGUGCGCUUUGGUGUGCGAUCAGCGCAAGCCAAAUCGAUGCUGCCAGACUGCUCCUGAAGCAUGGUGCGCGUGUAAGCUUGCGGUCUGCCUCAGGUGGAGGAUUGCUGCCACUUCAUCAGGCUGCAGUGACGGGGCAAAACGCCAUGUGCGAGCUCCUGCUGGACCGAGGAGCCCAAGUGGACUGUUUGGAUGACUCUGAAAAUACGCCUUUACACUAUGCUGCCGCUGCGGGAUCAGUUGCGAGUGUGAAAGUGCUGCUUCGGGCUGGGGCAGAUAUCGAAAGUGUCCAGAGCUAUGGGCUCACUGCUGUGCACUGGGCUGCGCAUAAAGGUCACGCGGAUGUCCUCGGUGUGUUGCUGGAUCACGGCGCAAACAUCGACUCGAAAGCAAAUGAGGGAGCAACGCCGUUACAUCUGGCGGCGAAUCGAGGACAUGUUGCAGCUGCGAAGAUGCUUUUGAGCAGAGGCGCUGAGCGGAGGCCAGGAAGUGCCAGCUGGGAUGGAGUGGAGGGAACGCCAGCUGAAAUGGCGAAGGCCAAAGGGCACAGUCGGCUGGUUCGAUUGCUGAGAUCGUGAUAACUGUACAUAACAUUCACGAAUGAUACGACGA